AUGCCCUCCAAUGAAUCCCUUUACAAUGAGACUAUCAAUAUCGACCCCAGUCAAUAUGCAUUCAAGCAGCGCCAGCUCCGAGUUAUCUGUAUAGGGGCGGGGUUCUCUGGCCUGAUCCUCGCUCAUAAAUUGAAACACGAGCAGCCACUUGAUUUCGUGGAUUUCACUAUCUACGAGAAGAAUUCCGAAGUGGGAGGUUCAUGGCUCGAGAAUGUCUAUCCCGGCGUUGGAUGCGAUGUUCCUGCCCACAGCUAUGUCUUUCCAUUCGAGCCCAAUCCGAACUGGUCCAAAUGCUAUGCUGGCGGUGCCGAGAUUGAGCAAUACAUUGUCGACACGGUAGAGAAGUACGGAUUGAAAGGUCCGAUCGUGUUUGAUACCAAGCUUGUCAAGUCCAUUUGGAAUGAGGAGCGAGGCAAAUGGGCGCUCGAGCUCAGACAGAAUGACAAGAUUAUCUAUGAUGAAGCGGAUAUUUUCAUAAAUGGCUCUGGUAUUCUCAACCGGUGGAAUAUGCCGAACAUUGCCGGUUUGGACCAGUUCGCUGGCAAGCUUGUUCACACCGCUGGUUGGGACAAAACAUACGACUGGACUGACAAGAAGGUCGCGGUCAUUGGCAAUGGCUCAUCCGGUCUUCAGGUUGUUCCUGCACUCCAGCCCAAGGCUGCAAGGAUUGUCAAUUACAUUCGUCAACCGACCUGGGUAUCGGUCAAUCUCUGUCCAGACAUCACGAAGGAUGGAAUGGGAACGAACUUUGAAUAUACCGAGGGAGAGAAAGUGAAGUUCCGAGACGACCCACAAGCAUUCCUGGAGCAUAGAAAAAGGAUUGACUGCUCUGUCAACACCGUCUAUCGACUAAUGUUAUCUGGCUCAGAGCAUAACCAAAUGCUCUUCGAUGCAAUUUCAGGGCUUAUGCGCCAGCGUCUCAGUCAGAAUCCUCAUCUGAUUGACAAACUUAUCCCGAAGUACGAAAUUGGAUGUCGCAGACUGAGCCCUGGUGAUGGAUAUCUUGAAGCGAUGCAGCAACCAAAUGCUGAAUGGUGCUUCGAGGGAAUUGAGGAGAUCACCAAGACAGGCAUUCGCACGGCAGCAGGCGAAGAAGAGUUUGACUUGAUUGUCUGUGCGACUGGAUUUGAUACCACCUUCAUUCCCGGAUGGGAGCUGGUGGCUCGAGAAGGCCGACGGCUUGAUGUAGAGUGGAAGAAGACACCCGAGGCAUACUUCUCUAUCUGUGCCGGUGGCGUACCAAACUACUUCAUAUUCAAUGGGCCUAAUUGCCCCAUUGGUCAUGGCAGUGUGCCACAGAUGAUCGGCUGGACUGCUGAUUACAUUCUGAAAUGGAUGAAGAAGAUGGCUCGGGAGGAUAUCAAGUCUGUCACAGUAAAGGAUUCCGCUGUUUGGAACUACAACCGUCGUGCGCAAGCGGGUCUCAAACGUACUGUUUGGAACAAGGGCUGUCAUGCUUGGUAUAACAACGGGCAAACUGUUACGGCGAUGUACCCAGGUAAGGCUAUUGAGGAUAUUCGGGGUGAGGACUUUGAUAUCAGGCACAACAACAGCUCGGAUCCGUUUUCGUAUCUUGGAAAUGGAGAACUAGAGUGGGAGAGAGAAGACGGUGCGGAUUUGGCAUACUAUUUGAAAUAG